AUGCGCACAGACUCUGCCUUUCCGGCAGCUUCUGCGUUUCUCGGGACGCCCUUUUGCCCCUCAUCUCUGGAUGAGUUGUACGAGACCAUUCGCGCAGAGAAAGGUCUGGGCAAGCACGAGCAGCCGUCACUGCCAGCGCUGCUCUCUGCCGCUGCAAAGGCGUCGCGGCGCGAAGCCUCGCGACUGGCUGCCUCUGCUCUUCGGGCCAAGCGGGCGGUCUCCAGAGACACCCAACAACUAGCUGAGGAGUCGAGGAAGGCGCGUCGAAGACGAAUAGAGAAGAACGCGAGAGAAUGCGCGGGAGACGAGCAACCGGCGGCUGCGUCGGCUCUCGGCGGCGAAGGGGCCGCAGAAGAAGAGGAGCGAGGCGAGCUGGCGAACGAAGAAAUCCAAAGACAGAGACGACGGCGGGUCCUUCAAGAAAGUGCCCACCAUGCAGAGCGUCUAGCCAGCGAGGCGCUCGUCGCCGCCCAAGGCGCAGACGCAAAUGCCGAAAUUGGGACCGAAGAGAGACGCACUGCCUUUGCAGUUGACGCGAGCAAGUUUCGGGGAGCUGCCAAAGGCGACCCCUCCCGCGGCGCGCAUGCAGUUGAAUCGGAAGCUGCAGCCUGGACCCCUCAGUCCUUUUACUCGUCGCGCCAAGAUAGGAGAAUGGAGAGGGAGGAACAGAUCUUGCAGAGGCCAGAAGACUUCAUGGAUGAAGAGGAUCUUCAGGACGCAGCCCGUCGUCGAUUUCUCCCAUCUUCCUGUCCCUCUUUGCCUCCUCCCCAGCCGAUGCUCCGAGCCUCCUCCAGUCGGCACAUACAAGAAAGAGAAGAAGAAGGAGAGGAAGAAUGGGAAGACGAAGAACGAGCAGGUGGAAGACGAGCAGCGAAGCGGGAGGUUCGUUUGGACCGGAGCUGCGGUGACGCUUUUCGUGGAAAAGGGCUAGAAGUUUUGGACGUUUUUUGCAAGCCUGCCGGCUGGUUGAAGCGGCGCUUUGAUUCACAGCUCAAGUGUUUGAGAGGAGCUUUGGAGCGAGAAAGGCGGGAACUUGCAAAGGAAUCGGGAUCGCGGCAGCAAGAUGGAGGUGGAGACAGGGAGGAGGGAGAGAGAGGAGAUAGCGAGAGCGAUGAAGAUCGAGGGGCGCGUCACGGAGAGGAGAAAAGAGAGGAAACGAAGAAAACGGUCGACGUCAAGAGGGAUGUGAGGCCGCAAUUGCCGCCGCAUUUAGAGCAACUUCGUCGUCUCCAGAAGAACUUGGAAAGCAUGCGAGAGAGGCGAGGAGGCGCUGAGCACGGGAGCGAAGGCGAGGACAAGCAGCAGAAGAAAGGUGAGAGGGGAGGCUCCGGAGAAGCGCCUGAGGGGAGAGAAGAGCAAGAGAAGCAAGGCGUGAAGAGGCACAACGCAAGAGAGGAGAGAGAGAGCACCGGAGAACUGGUCGAGGAAGAAAAGGGAGAGAAAGAAAGAAGCGGAGAGGAAGUGACAGAGCGACACACAGACGCAGCGCAGCAGAGAGGAGACAGAAACACGAGGGGCAGAAGCCUUCUGAAGGAUCAGACAAGAGAGCGAGACAAACUGGAGGAGCUGCUUCGCUCCCUCCUCACGGAGGAGGAGCAGGAGAACAAAAGAAUUGCCGAAUUGCACAGAGAAGCACAAGAAGUGCUCGCCACUGCAGCGGAAGGAACGGAUGCGACAGAGGGGUGGCUGAGCCUUCCACGUGCUAGCCAAGAGCGAACGCAUGGCAAGGCUACCUCUGAGAGCAUUCGCGUUCUGUCAUCCCGUUCUCCUGAGGUCGGGAGGUCAGUGCAGGUCUUUGGAGGGAGUGCGCUAAGGAAGGCAGGGAAAGACAUUUUCGUGGUCUUCGAUAGCGACGAUGAAGAUCGGCUUAUAUUCGAGCCCUCAUCGUAUCAUCCCAACAAACACUUUGCUUCCGUGUCUGGAGGCGGACUAGACGGCAACGGAGAACGAGAGGCGGAGGCCGGGCGACAUGAAACUGCCGACAACGCUUUAGAUCUCCACAUCAAUCAACUCUUUUGUUUUGGGAAGAAGGAGCAAACGGAGGCGAGCGCAUGGUUCCCGCCGCCUGCUCCGCCGCCGUGGUUCGAUGGCAUGUACCGGCCUCCUCUCGACUCUGCGCUUUCUUCUGUCUCUCACGCGGGGGUUGCGAGGCUUCUCCCGCGUCUUCGAGGGGGCUUGCUGGGCACUGGGGACGGUCAGGGCGACCGGGAGACAAGGGCGAGCGAAAGGGACAGAGCGGUGCCUUGGAAAACCUCGCGAACAGGUGUUCGGUCGGAACGCAGUUGGGGGAUUCUCGCUGAAGAGUACUCGGCCGAAAGGGGGGACAGAGACGACGCGCUCGUGGGCCCGAGCAACCACUGUGUCUUUUCUCAGAAAAGGGGAAACAGACAUGUCGAUGACCAGCCGGAAGACCGAACCCCGUCUCCUCAAAUGCCGAUAAGACCCUCUGCUCCUUCUUGUCUUCCUUCUCUUCCUUCUACGGGUCGCGGUUUGCCUCUUUGGCAAGGUGUCUCUGAGGAGGACAAGGCGAGGAUUCUCUCGCGUUUAUUUGGAGAUGGCGAAGAGAAAGGCCGAGAGGGGAGAGGGGAGGACAGGCGCAAGACGUUUUUUUCGUGGAGCCGAGAGAAACGCAGGCUGCCGCAGUGGACUCGAGAAGGCGAGCUUUUCCCGCAAGCAGCCCCCCUGGAGAGACACCAGAAGCAGCAGUUGCAGCGGCGAAAACAAGAAGAACUGGAGCAGAAGUGGCGAGCCGUGCAGGGGCAGAUCCGGGGCGUUCGAAAGGAAAUUGAAGAAGCCAUCAAGGCCCGCCCAGACAAACGGAUGCGGUGGGAGUUAUUUGUUGGCGAAAGCGAGAAGGAAGCAGAAGCGAACAUGAAGCAAGUCGGAACAGCGUGCAGCACCUCAGGACCUUUGCGCUCUCUCCCCGCGUCUUCAGCCACCUGUUCUGCUUCUUCUGCCUCUUCCUUUUCUUCUGGACCGUCUUCUGCUUCUUCUGCCUCUUCGCCCGCACUUGUCGUCCCUGCUUCUGCUCUGUCGACGGCUGGGUGUGCGGCUGAGGAUCCGAGAGAGCUGGAUGAGUUUUGCUCCUGGCAUCGCCGUCUCUCCCUGCUUCGUGCUCAACUGACAGCCACACGGAGGGAAGUGGCUGCAUGCGCGGCAGAGUCCUGGAGGGACGGGACCUUCGAAGUGUGGCUGAGCGAGCACCCGUCACACAGCUUCCCCGCCUUUCGCGUCUGCGCGGAAAGCGAACCCCUGUGGAUGGAUCGGGAAGUUGGCCAAGGCGACGAACGCGUCUCAGAAAUCCGACAGGAAACGGCCGACGAGUGCAGGAACGUUGGAGGCCGCAGGGCAGAGAGCGCGCAAGGAGAAGGUGGCGAGGUGGAAAUCAAGAGGCCAGCAGAGGCCGCGGCUGCAAGGAGGAAAGGAGAGGAAGAGGCAGAAACUCACGAACAGACUCUGACUCUGGAAACAAUGCUCCCGUUGCUCAGCUGUCGAAGAACGGUCGCCAACUGGGCGCCGAAUCCGACCCUCUGCCACCGACUGGGAAUCCCGAAUCCGUGGGCGAGGAUGCCGUUCUUCGACGAUCGCAAACCGGAAGGCCGGUCAUCCGUCCACGGCAAUCUCGUUUUCUCGGAAUCGGGUGAAGACACAGAGAGUCGGUUUGCCCUUUCUUCUGCGGAGGCGAUUGGCGACCACGAACGAAAGGAGAGACAUAUUGCUCACGAGUCCCUUUAUCCGGCUCAGCCUGUCUCGGUUUCCGUCGACUCGGAGCUCACCACAGUGGAGACGGCAGUGAUACCGGGCUGUUCCCAGACGAAUCUGUUUAGGGCAGUGUUCAACGAGGACCCCAGCGACAGCAGCGAGGGAGACGCUGGAGAGUGA